AUGUCUGUCCCGCCGCUGGGAGGUCUCUCCCACCCAGAGGAAAUGGCAGAGAUCAGAUGGCAGGGCCUGGAGCCCACGCAGUCUGACCAGCACCCGGCCGGUGAGAGCAGCAGGAUGGAACCAGAAAGAGGGAUCGUCGACCCUCAGCCUGGGAGCCCCAGCCCAGGGAGGAGCCGGCCCAUCAGCCUGAACCGUUACGCCACCAAGAAGAGCCUGGCGGAGAGCUUGCUGGACAUGGCACUCUUCAUGUCCAACACUGCGCAGCUGAAAGUGGUGCUGGAUCAGGGUCCGUCCUCCCACCGCUACUCCGCCCUUGUCACCCUCCUCAGCGUCUCUCUGCUCCUGCAGGCGGUCAUCGGAAUCCUCCUCAUGGUCAUGGCUGGACUGAACCUCAACGAGGUAGAAAAGCAGUGGCGACUCAACCAGCUCAACAAUGCGGCCACCGCCUUGAUCUUCAUCACUGUCAUCAUCAACAUCCUCAUCACGGCCUUCGGGGCACACAACACUAGGCUCCUGGCUGCUGGGACCCCUCUCUGA